CAACGAGCAACGAAGGGUCACAACAAGCUUCUGCAAAUCACAACAACCGCCACGAUGCAACUCUCAGAAGAGUCCAAGGAGCGCAUUGGAAAGAUCAUUGAUAUCUCUCGUGUUGCUAUCCAUUAUGGCUACCUUCCCCUGAUUCUCUACCUUGCAGGCUAUACUCGCAGCGAGCCCCGCCCUUCUUUCAUCAGGUACAUAUGGCUUAUGCUACCAUGGUUCUAG